AUGAAUAAACCACCAAAGUAUCCGCCAGAUACAACACUGACUGUUGGAUCACAUCAAGUAUCCGUGAUUAAAUUUUUAUCAGAAGGUGGUUUUGCUCAAGUUUAUGUCGUAAAUGUUUUAGAGGGACCAUCUGCCGGAUUAUACAGAAAAGCAUGUAUGAAAAGAGUUGUUGUUCCUAAUAAACAAUCAUUAAAUACUUUACGAGCAGAGGUGGAUUGCAUGAAAUUAUUGAAGGGCAAUAGGCAUGUUGUUACAUAUUUAGAUUCUCAUGCUUCAAGGUCCACUACCAAUGCAAACACUUAUGAAGUUUUUGUACUAAUGGAAUACUGUUCCAGAGGUGGAUUAAUCGAUUUUUUAAAUACAAGGCUACAAAAUAGAUUAACAGAGCAUGAGGUUCUAGAUAUAAUGAGCCAGACCACCCAAGCUGUAGCCGCUAUGCAUAAAUUACUUCCUCCAUUACUUCAUCGUGAUAUUAAAAUUGAAAAUGUUUUGGUUAAUGAGCAAGGUGUUUUUAAAUUAUGUGAUUUUGGCAGUGUUUGUGGAGUUAUUAGACCUCCAACCAGUCAACAAGAAAUGGAUUUUGUUUAUAAUGAUAUAAUGCACAACACAACAGCACAAUAUAGAUCUCCCGAAAUGGUAGAUCUAAAUAAAAGAUUACCGAUUGAUGAAAAAAGUGACAUUUGGGCACUGGGUGUUUAUUUAUAUAAAUUAUGUUACUAUACUACACCUUUUGAAAAUAAUGGUGGUGGUGAUCAUGCUAUAUUGCAAGGAAGGUUCCAAUUUCCAGCAUUACCACAUUAUAGCGAUCAUUUGAAGAGUCUAAUCGGUCACAUGUUGAGGGUGAAUCCUACAGAAAGACCAAAUGUUUAUCAAGUUUUAAAUCAAGUUUCAAAUCUACAAGGUGUUCCUUGUCCUAUAACAGAUUUCUACAAAGAAAGAGCAUUAUCGGCAUUACAGAAUAGCAAUGGUAUUAGAAAUGCGCAUAGUAGUACCACCACAAUAUCAACUGAUUUCCCAACUCCAAAUUCUUUCAUCUUACAUCAACAGCCAAUGUUGGGUUCAGUGACAACGGCAGCACCGUUUUCAUUUGUUAAUUCAGGAGUUAACAAUCCUCUGCCUUUGGCUCAACAACAACAACAGCCCUUAAUUAUGUCUGGAAUUAAUCCACAACUAAACUCUUUGCCUAUUAUUGCACCUCCUAUUACGACAUUUCCCAGUAAGAUGGCCAUUAAUAACAACAUGAUACCAUCCAAUAUUAUAUCAAAUAAUAUACAAACAGGAGAGCCAUUUAAGAAGCAACAAGAUGCUACUAUUGAUCCAUUCAAUAAGUUGUAUAACACUGCUAAAGGCAUCAGUACCAAAAGUGCACCAUCUACGACCACUAACACUGGAAGCUCCCUUAACAAUAUUAGCUCAAGCAAAUUGCAACCAAGUCUCUCAUUUGGUACCAAUUCAUAUAAUCCAUCAAUUGUGGCCACCAGUGGUGGAUCAUCCAAUUCAACAAGUAAACGAAGUACAUUAUAUGUUGAUUCUGAAGUCCAGACGGAUUUUGUUAUGAAUUCGAAUAUAAGUGGUUCUUCUUCUACAACUUCUGCCUCUUCAAAUUCCUCCGACAAUGAAAUACCCUCCUAUGUAACAUUUAACAAUAGAAAUUUUAGCGUCAACAAUGGUGGUUUGGAUCAAGUUUCCACCGGUGGUAGUUUUACUUCUAGGUUUAGUCGUAAAUUGAAAAGUCUAAUCACAGGGGAAAGCUUACGUUCAUCGAGUUCAAAGCAAAAUACAGGUAAUAAUUUGCCGUAUCAAAGUAUCUCAGGAAAUAAUAAAAUAGAUCUUAAAAAUAAUAACACUGGUAAUAGUACUAAAAGCUUUUUUAAGAAUGGUGCUAUUAGUCCAAUAAGAAAAACGUCCAGUAAUAGUAGGAAAAGUUCAAUGGAUCCUUCGUUCGGUUCCAGAAUACCGUCUGGUGAUACUGAAAAGGAAAGAGUUAAAGAAGAAAAUGGCUACCAUUCAAAAAGGAGGUCUGUGAUUAUUCCAAAAAUGGAUCCCCCUGCAGCAAAUUCUACUUCAAAAGGGAUUACUUCCAUUGUUUACAAUAAUAAAACAAAACUUCCAAGUGAUAAUGUUAUUGAUAAUAACGCUUCCUCUUCUAAAUCUUUUGUUGCUCCAAAGAAAAGUAGCAUUGAGCAACGUGUUCAAAACUUGUUAUCUGCUCAUAAAAACACAUCACUCGGUGCGAGUAAAACAACCAACGGUUAUGGCAAAUAUGUAGAUCAAGGAAACCCAAGUGAGGAUUCAAGGAAGGAAAGUGUUAUAGUUACUCCAUUAAGUGCUACAGGUAAUAUUGCUAAUAGUAGUGGUAUUAGUAGUAGUACCAGUACUAGGAUCAAUUAUGCUGAAUUGGCCAAAUCUAAAAAGAAAAAGAAAUUACCACCACCGAAGCCUAAAAAACCAAAGUUUUUGCAUAGUAGUGGCUCCAAAAAAAUCACCCUUGCAAAAAAUGGAGACGUUAGGUCCGCAAGUGAUACACCUAGUGAAUUAGUAACUGUUGACGUGGAUAAACUGGAGGAGGAUUUUAAAAGAAGAUUUCCAAGCACCACUAUUUAA